UCAUGUAGAAUUGUCGGAUAUUUAUUUAUUUCAAACGAAGCACCACAGUAAUGUUGCCCUAUGAAUUUAUAAUUAAACAUUAAUUAAUGUAAAACCGAUUAAAUUAGCCAUGACUCCAUUUAGGCUUAAUGUGUGUAUUUGGUUUCGACAAUGAUGGUGGACUGUUACAUGGGAACAAGCGUGACUAUAAUUGACUAUCUUGGCUGCUGUGGCGUGAUGACUGACAGCACGGUCCAACAAGGAGGUGCACUGAAGCAGACAAUCGACAAAGGUGGCCUACAUGCCAGGGGGCAGUGGGCAAGCAAGGCUGAGUUUCUUCUGGCCGUGGCGGGGCAGAUCAUUGGCCUGGGCAAUGUGUGGAGGUUCCCCUACUUGUGCUACAAGAACGGAGGAGGUGUGUUCUUUGUACCUUACCUUUUGUUCCUGGUGCUAUGUGGCAUCCCCCUGUUCCUCCUGGAGACUUCAUUGGGCCAGUACACUAGCCUGGGAGGGGUCAGCGCCUGGAGAGCUGUGUGCCCAUUGUUUGGAGGUCUCGGCUAUGCCAGUCAGGUGAUGAUCCUGCAUGGAUGUGUGUACUACAUUGUUAUUCUGGCAUGGGCUCUCUUCUACCUGUCGUACAGCUUUCAUGCAGAGCUGCCCUGGUCGCACUGUAACAACUCGUGGAACACUGAGGCCUGUUUCCUAUUUGACUAUCGCAACCAGACCAGCAAUGUGAGCAGCCUGCCUGAGAAUACCACUUCCCCUGUGACAGAAUUUUGGGAGAGAGAGGUGCUCCACCUGUCCAAUAACCUAGACCAACUUGGUCCAAUUAAUUGGAAGCUUGCGGUGUGUCUCGCUGUUGUCUGGCUCAUCUGUUACUUCUGUGUGUGGAAGGGUGUCAAAUCCACAGGAAAGGUGGUGUACCUCACAGCCACCUUUCCAUAUGUGAUGCUGUUUGUGCUUCUGGUACGGGGUGCCACCCUCCCUGGAGCAGCUCAGGGCAUCAUCUACUACCUCAAACCCAACCACACUCGCUUGGCAGACCCAGAGGUAUGGAUGGAUGCAGGUACCCAGAUAUUUUUCUCUUAUGGAAUCUGUUUGGGGAGUCUCACAGCGCUUGGCAGUUACAACAAAUACAACAAUGAUUGUUAUAAGGACUCUUUCCUUCUGUGCCUCUUGAACAGUAGCACCAGUUUCCUGGCAGGGUUUGCCAUCUUCUCAGUGCUGGGCUUCAUGGCAAAAGAACAAGGCGUGGAUAUCGCCACUGUGGCUCAAUCAGGUCCUGGCCUUGCCUUUAUCGCCUUCCCCAGAGCUGUAGCAAUGAUGCCUCUUCCGCAACUCUGGGCUGUCUGCUUCUUCCUCAUGAUCAUCAUGCUGGGACUGGACACACAAUUUGUAAGUCUGGAGGCGUUGAUGACAUCGGUGACCGACUUGUACCCCCAUCUGAUCAGACGUGGACACCGGCGAGAGCUGCUGCUGCUGUUUGUCUGCAUCGUCUGCUUCCUGAUUGGACUGGUCAUGGUCACGCCGGGUGGUCUGUAUGUGUUCCAGAUAUAUGAUCAGUUCUCCUGCAGUGGAGCCAGCCUGCUGCUUCUCUCCAUCUUCCAGUCUAUUGCAAUUGGCUGGGUUUAUGGUGCUGACAGCUUCAGUUCCAACAUCAAGGACAUGACAGGCCACAACCCCCUGCUUCUCUUCAAGCUGUGCUGGAAAUACCUGACGCCAACCGUGUGCACUGCGACCUUCCUGUUCUCUCUGGUCUGUUGGUCUCCACUGAGCUUCGCGAACGGCCUUGUUGCUCCAGGUUGGGCAACGGCGCUAGGCUGGCUCCUCACACUCUCCUCCGUGUCUCUGCUCCCCAUCUGGGCCGUCUACGCUCUCGCCGUGACGCCCGGCACACUCGCGCAGCGCUUUCAGCAUCUGUGCAACCCCACCAUGACCUCACCACAGGCGUUCCACAACUUCUCCAACAUCUCAACCGCCUACAGCCCUGCAAUGCAGCUCACCGAAAAGCCAAAGGACGCAAUCAGCGACAUCACCCAGGACAUCGUGGCUUAGUGGCGUUCCAGGAUGAACAUGCAGGUGUGAUGAAAGAGGCGGUUGGCUCGCGUCCACCAAGCAGUACAGUUAGCUUCCAUUUGGAAUUGUACAAUCACAAUUGUUUGAUCGUCAUGAUGCGUUCACUUAGGGUACCAACAUACUUGAUGGUACAGUCAUGCGCUGUCUGUUAAUUAUACCACAUACAAUGUGGGGAAACAACAAAAGUAUCCAUUUCAUAAAAUUGGGGAUGCUCCGAUCAGAGUUUUAUGUUGCCAUGAGUUAGAUAACCGAUACUGAUCACUUGGAUUAACUACAAUUUAUUUAUAAUGAGUGCUAUUGGCCGUGUGCAUGAUAUGGGACAUGAUAUGAGUUGGGAAAAUUGCAAGUCAGGGCCCCCCAAAAUAUAGGUAAUUGUUGAAAUAAUAAAAUUAAAACAAUAAGUUAUUUUUAUUUAUUAAUUUUUUGUUUUGUUUGUCUCAUGGGGCCCAGAAAUCCUGCCUGCACCACCACUGUUGAAUAUUUGAUCUGGAAAAAGCAACCAUAAUAUCACUCUAAUAUUGACAAAAACAUCACUCGUGAAACUUUGGGAGAAGGAUGAGACGGGGCUUCUAAUGUGAGAAUACAUUUUGUGAUGGAGCACUUCAUGACGGGGCUUCCAGGUAGCGCAUAGCUGGGCUCCAAGUGAGAGAGCAGUUGGGGGAAACCGGUGUUGACUUCCGAAAAAGGCUAUUUUGCUCAUUUUUCAGCCCUUUGUAUUGUUGUGGGCUCCUAUAGCGCAGCUACACACGAUAACCAGCGCAGAAAGCUUUCCAGUUCUUCCAGAAUCUGCACCUAUUCAGCUGGAUUUCUUUGGAUUUUGUGGUUCCCGUGAAAACGGUCUGUUUUUAAUGUUUUCCACCCAGUGCCCGCCUCCAGGCCCGCCCACUCUACUGUGGUUGGUCACAAUGUGCCUUUCCCGUAUGAGCCAUUGCUAGCAACGUAUAAGGAGGUCCAAUCCUUUGUGACAUCACAAAUGGGCAGUUUUAUCAUGCUUUUGAAAACGAGCGUUUUGAGCCAUCUUUCAGGUCUCAAUGCCCUCAUUAUCUGAAACUUUGGCAUCGUUUAACAUGAAAAUACAUCAUUCUAACUACAUUUAUAGGCCAUAAAAAUGAAAACAGCAUAAUCGGUCCCCUUUAAGUCUGGUGCAUUCAGUCAUUUUCAUUAUUUCUUUAGCCUUCUGACUGUCACGAGCAUACAGGCGAGGAUUGACUUCUGGUGCAAUUGAUCGGAGCAUCCCUACAAGAAAUACAUGGGAUUACAAUGGAGAGGCCAUUUAAAGUGUGUCAGGAUAUUGUCAACACGUACUGCUGUACCGUGUGUUGUGUUGUUCUGCUGUACAGAACCAGACGGAGUAAUCACCAUGCCGCUUAGUGUUGUGUUGUUCUGCUGUACAGAACCAGACGGAGUAAUCACCAUGCCGCUUACCACAACCAGACCAGGUUUUUCCAGGGUGAGUUGGUGGAAACUUGGCUGAAGACUUUGCACAAAGGUCCCUGAUGAUUAAGGGAUGUAAGAUCACCUCUAUGUAUACCUCUAUAUGAUUGAAAAAAAUAGACCAAUAAAAUAUGAUUAUAUAUUUAUAGAAAAUGUGAAGAUAUGCGUAAAUGUAUUAGUUAUGUGGCUUAUUUUUUGUACAACUUGAGGCGUGAAGAAUGUCAUUACACUGCCAACAAAUGAAUGUGCCGUUACUGCUUCCUUCUGUGAGGUCACUGCAUUAUCCUCAAGGUCAGAAGGGAAAACCUUGAUUUGGGACUCCAUUACAGCUUUAAGUGCCCAACCACCCUGUGAGCAGCUAACACUCCUUUCCGUGUAAUUUCAUUGAAGACACAGGAUAGAUAGGACAGUUAAUGACUUCAUCAAACCGUUCUUUUGGGCUCAGCAUGUCAGCCAGCAUUUUUACCUCUGAGAAACCUAACUUAUGUUGUCCUCUUUGACACCAUGCAACGUGCUUUGUAAUUUGAUUUAGCGGUAGUUCAACUUUUUUCCUACACAGGGUGCUUUACAUGCCUUACACAGAACAAAUUGAGCGUAUGCAAGUUUUUUUUGCCAAUGUAUCAAGUGCUUCAUUUAUCAAUAUCUUUUUUUUAGUUACUGUUGUAAAUGCACAAGUUCCUAUAUGCAGUUUCUGCAAAGGUUAGAGACGUUUGCCUUGUUACCAAAUAAGUUUGUUUUUAGAUAUCAAGCACAAAAGCCAACCAUCAAUAUAGCUGAAUCAAUAUCUGAAAUAGUGCAGAAGUAGUGGAUCCCGAACAAAAAACACUCCAUUUUCACUUUUUGUCAUCUCAUUUUUUGCUGUAUUUCAAAAAAAGGUUCUUCAACUCAAUUGUUCUUCUGCAGUAUACUGCUGUUUUCUUGUACUUUUGACACUGCUCAAUUGCUGCUUCAACAAGUAUGUUAAAAUCGCCUUGACAUUGCAGUACUCUGUGACUUGAAAUGUCAGAAUGUGAAAGGUUCAUGUGAAUCUCGAUGAACAGGUCAUUUUUCUUGAGCCAUUGUGAUUAAGACCAACACGGUGACAUUUUACAACCCAAAUCAGGGUGAGGUUUUUUGUAAUGAUUUCUAUCGAGUCAUGUUCGUGUGUGUCUGAACAUACUUUUAGUUGGUGUAUUUUCUUUGUUCUGAUCUUAUAACGGGCCUCUUUUUCAGUUUGUAUCAUCAACUUUUUAAAUAAAUAUAUACA